CUCAGCCUCAUCUCGAAGGGACUCUUUAUUUGCUAUUUCCCUCUAACUUGUGGGCACUUAACAGGCAAUGCUCAUCAGAUUGCAGAACCAGCCUCCCCCGUGUGGCUUCUUGGCACCAGACCCUGAAGACGUCGGGAGUCAGCUCACAGGGCAGCUUUUGUUAUUCAGUUCUCCACUCCACAGCAUAGCUCCUGAUUUGACCACGCACCACAAUUAACCACUGGGUUCUUCUAAGAGAACAGAAGUUAAGAGUAACAUCAUGGCUUCAGCGGGUCUCCAGCUCCUUGCUUUCAUCCUGGCCUUAUCUGGGGUCUCUGGAGUACUCACUGCCACUAUGCUGCCCAACUGGAAGGUCAGUGCAGAGCCAGGCUCCAACAUUGUAACUGCUAUCGUGCAGGUGCACGGGCUAUGGAUGGACUGCACGUGGUACAGCACUGGGAUGUUCAGCUGUACCCUGAAAUACUCCAUCCUGUCUCUACCCGUCCACGUACAGACGGCCAGGGCCACCAUGGUGCUGGCCUGCGUUCUGUCUGUUUUGGGGACCUGCACUUGUGUAGUGGGGAUGAAAUGCACUCACUUAGGUGGGGACACAUACACCAAGAGCCAGAUCUCCUUGGCUGGAGGAAUCUGCUGCAUGGCUGCAGGGAUCUCUGGCUUAAUCCCAACAGUGUGGUACACCAAGGAGAUCAUAGAAAACUUUCUAGAUGUGACCAUUCCGAAAAGCCACAAAUAUGAACCCGGAGGAGCUGUCUACAUCGGGUUCAUCUCAGCGGUGCUACUACUUAUCUCUGGUAUUAUUUUCUGCACUUCUUAUAUAAAAAAGAACCCAAAACCACGGAUCUACCCCACCAGGCAGAAACAGACCUCUACCUGGCAGCCAGAGAACAGGUUAGCAUAUAACCUGAAGGAUUACGUGUAA